UCCUCACCUCAAAAAGCCUUCUAGUAGACCAAAGGGAUAUAAUAUCUCUAGGGUUUUCAAACAUGGCUUCAUCCAAAACCACCACCUCCAUUGCUUUGUUCUUCUCUCUCAACCUUCUCUUCUUUUCCCUAGCCAAUGCUUGUGGCUCAUGUUCCCACCCUAUAAGAAGGCCAAGGCCCCCUCAUUCAGGCGGCAGUCCCGGCUCCGGUGGAAGCCCCGGUUCCGGUGGCAGCCCGGGAUCAGGAGGAAGUCCGGGUUCCGGUGGCAGCCCGGGCUCUGGUGGAAGCCCUGGUUCAGGUGGCAGCCCUGGCUCUGGUGGCAGUCCUGGAACAGGUAGUCCAGGUACUGGUGGAGGUACUUGUCCUAGGGAUGCACUCAAGAUCGGUGUAUGUGCUAGAGUGCUAACCCUGGUAAAUGCAACCAUUGGCACUCCACCAGUAACACCAUGCUGCACAUUAAUUCAAGGGCUAGCGGAUCUUGAGGCAGCUGUUUGUCUUUGCACUGCAAUCAGAGCAAGUAUUUUAGGCAUCAAUAUAAACCUUCCAAUUAAUCUUAGUCUACUACUUAACGUUUGCAGCAGAAAUACUCCUCGUGGAUUCCAGUGUCCCUAAUUUACUCUUUACAACCUCGGGGAAAAUAAGGAUGCCAUUUUACUCUGCUCAUUAUGCAUGUCGUUGAUUUGGUUGUUUGCAGCUAUAAAUGUCUAAUUUGUGUGCUUGCAUGUUUUUCGUUUGUAUUGACACUGUUUGUCCCUUUGUGGUUUUAGUCUUCUUGACUAAAAUUAUCAAAUAUGUUAUGCUCUUGAAAAUAUUUACAGGUUUAAUGUCCAUGGAAGAUCAAAUAAUGAGAUUGCUUGUAGUUUACCCGU